GCCCGCCUUUUGGUGGAAGUCGCGGAUUUUGAAACGGUUGUUCAACAAAACAUCCGACUGAUUCCCACCGUCAGAUUUUCCUGCUUUUUCCGUCUCACUUUUGCAGAGAUGGAUGAAGAAGAGAGCACAGAGAGACAGAUGCAGAUCGCCAUGCUCUGUCAACGCCUCGCCAAGAUGAAGAAGUUAUACAACGAUGAUGACACCGAUUACAUCAACCGGGCCAUCAGCUCGAACUCACCCGACACCUGCCGGACGCUUCUGACCAGUCUGGAGAGGAAAGGCGAUCCUCAGACGGAUCCCGGCCUGCUCACCAAACUCAUCGACAGCUACGCGCGGGUCUUUUCCAGCAUGCCCUUGGGCAAGUACGGUCAGGUCGAGAGCUACGCCAAGAUGCUGGUCAGAUUUGCGGAGUUAAAAGCCAUCCAAGAUGUAAACGAUGCUCAGGCUAGUUUCGACAUAGCGAGAUCCCACUGCAAGGACUUUGCCUUUGUUCACAUUGCCUGUGCUCAGUUCGAGCUUUUGCAAGGCAACCUUAAGAAAUGCACUUUGAUUCUUCAGAAGGCUUUUGAAAUGAAUGCUAAACCCAGGCGCGUUCUGGAGGAUGCCGUGAGGAAUCUGAACGCAGGCAAAUGCCAGCUCCUAGCGCGUGAAGAUAAGGAGAACGUGACGGUGUCUGCACAUGACGAAGCGCACGAGUCUGUGAGAAGCGGCUCCAGAAGAUCCGAUGGGACGUACGACCUGCAGAGCAGCAGCACUUUUCAACACGGGAGUGAUCAGAAGUUCAGUCCUCCGGAGAACGUGAACAUGUCUCUGUGGAGAGCAGGGUCACAACAGAGAAGAACGGCCUUGGCGGAAAGAGUUCCCAUGGUGCCUCUCCCUAUCCCUGAAUAUGAGAGUGGUGACUGUGACGGUGUUCAUAAAGCAGAAGCUUCAGCCGCUCACGCCAGCGCUUUCUCCAGGCAAACCAGCGGUUCAAAUGUUCGCUCCACGUUCCCCGUGUGUUCCUCGAAGAAAGGCACUCCAGAUGGGGACUCCUACAGUCUAUUAAACCUGAAGCCUCCUCUGAUUAGUCCAGAUCAUCUGAGGGAAGACAUCGAAGAGGGCCACACCAUCACAGCACUUCUACAAAGAGCAGAAAGAAAAGAAUCUUCUCGAAUGGAAGAAACCACUGAUAUAAACCAGCUCAUCAGCACAAACUCUCCUGAAAGUUGUCAGAUCUUCCUGAAAAACCUGGAGAAGAGAGGAGACCCUCGUUCGGACGCGGCGUUUCUCUUCAAGCUCCUGGACUGCUACUCCAAAGUGUUCGCCAGGUUUCCUUUGGCCAAGCAUUGCAAAACGGAAAGCUACGCUCGAAUGCUGGUGCGGUACGCGGAGCUGAAAGGGAUCGAGGAUCCAGAAGACGCUCCGGAUCACUUCAGCAUUGCCAGAUCGCACAGUAAAGCUUUUGCUUUCGUGCAUAUCGCACACGCUCAGUUUGAGCUCUCUCAAGGCAAUUCAAGGAAGAGUAAGCUGAUUCUUCAGAAAGCGUUGAGCUCCAACGCACGGCCGGUUGAGACGCUGCAGACCGCCAUCAGAAAUCUGAACUCUGGUAGAACUCAUCUGCUUCCUGCGGAGCAUGAAGAGAACGCUGCGGAAAGUUUCGAAGCACUAAGUAACAGAAAGGAAGAAGGAAAUCCAGCAAAGGCUCCCGAGGAGCAGCAGAAGCCUCAUUUCAAGGAAACGUCAUCAGAGUGGAAGAUCCCUGCUCUCAUCAACAAGCACGCGUCUCCGGAGGACCGUAAAGCUCCGUCAGUUUCCACUUCGUCCUCUCUUCAUGCCGUGAGGACACCCGCACCUCCUCCCAGAUCCCAGCCCUCUCUCAGCUGUCAGACGCCCAACUACAGAGAGCCGCCUGCGAACAGUUUUGUGACUCCUGUGGUGAAGCAGCGGCCGGUGGUUGUGUCCGUCCCGACGACGGCUCAGAAAAUGUGUCCGGCUCAGUUGCCCUGCACCCCUCAGAGCCGGGCGUCCUGUGUGCCGCAGCCCUCACAGACCCCUGCCUCAGCUUUCUCAAACGAAUCCAUCACUAUCAAAGGCAAGCAGUUCUUCAUUUUCAAGAUGAUCGGUCGAGGCGGAUCCAGUAAGGUCUAUCAGGUGUUUGAUCAUAAGAAGCACACGUACGCUCUGAAGUACGUCAAUCUAGAGGAGGCCGAUGCUCAGGCCGUGGAAAGCUACAAGAACGAGAUCGAGCACCUGAACCAUCUUCAGCAGUACAGCGAUCAGAUCAUUAAGCUCUAUGACUACGAGAUCACCAGCGGCUACAUCUACAUGCUGAUGGAGUGCGGUCACCUGGAUCUCAACACCUGGCUGCGCAGCCGCAAGUCCGUCAACCCUCUGGACAGGAAGUGCUACUGGAGGAACAUGCUGGAGGCCGUGCACACCAUCCACAAACACGGUAUCAUCCACAGCGAUUUAAAGCCGGCUAAUUUUGUGAUCGUGGAUGCUUCGCUGAAGCUGAUAGACUUCGGGAUCGCGAACCGUAUCCAGCCUGACGUGACCAGCAUCAUGAAGGACUCUCAGGUGGGGACUCUAAACUACAUGCCGCCAGAAGCCAUUAAAGACACGUCCUCCAACGGCAAGCCAGGCUCAAAGAUCAGUGCUAAAGGCGACGUGUGGUCUCUGGGAUGUAUCCUGUACUGCAUGACUUACGGAAAGACUCCGUUCCAGAGCAUCACCAAUCAGAUCAGCAAAAUCCAUGCCAUCAUAGACCCGACCCACGAGAUCGACUUCCCCGAUGUUCCAGAGAAGGACCUGCUCGAUGUGCUGAAGAGGUGUCUGGUGCGCAAUCCUAGAGAGAGGAUUUCUAUCGCGGAGCUCCUGGAUCAUCCGUACCUGCAGCUGCAGCCUGCGCCCGAGCCAGCAGAACCAUGUGCCGGUGAUCUGAAGAGGAUCCUCAAUGAACUGGCAGCUCUUCAGUCUCCUAACAGCAUCGCCAGAGCUGCUAGUAACCUGGCCAAGAUGUGCAACAGCGGGAGGAAGUUAGAUGUCUCUGAAUGUGUGAAAACAUCCAGUCAGACGCUGUGAAUGAGGAUGAACCCUGUUCCCAAACGCUCAGGAGAUGAAACCAGUUGCCACUGUGCUGAACUCUUCCUUCUAGAUGCUUUUAGCCAAUGCGUGUUUGUUGUCCAUUUCUGUGUUUUUUCUUAUUUGACUACGAGAUGCAAUCUAAGAAAGUGUACAUGACAAAUAUACAUACCUUUCAGAUAGGUUCCAGAUUCGGUGUUCGUUUCUAACAUAUAAUGCUGUUUUUAUGAAAGUAACUCUAAUUUUGCAGUAUGAUAAAUGUUUUCACAGCUAUUCUGUUUGUAUUCUGUGCAUUUAUUGAUGUCUUGAUGCCGUUUCUUCAGAAUGCAUGAUUACUUUUCUGUGAUCAUCAAUCGAUUAAAAUGCUUUCAACGGUU